GUCGCAUAUGCAACAGUCUCACUAUUGUUAUACGAGUUGAAUUCGUCCAUGCAUUUCUCCAAGUACAGUCAAGUAUCCUAUCCAAACGGGAAAACAAAUCGAAUGAUACGCAAACGAUUUAUCCUGCAAUAUUUCAGUCAUUUUUCAAAGUUAUCCUUUAUACCACAGAAGCAUAAUCUAUCACUUGUCAUCGCCCAGAAUUCGGCAGGUAUUCCACUGAAGGCCAGAACCUACUCCAUCCUUGUUAAAAUGAGUUCAGACAAAAAAAUAGAAAAGGCUAAAGCAGAUAAGCAGAAAUCGCUCCAUAAGAAACUGAUGGACGAAAUUAAAAGCAAAAAAGUAACGAGGAGCAUUGCAAAUGAAGCAGAAAAGAACUGGAAAGAGUAUUAUCUGAAGCUGCCAUUGGGGGAAAAGAGGGGACUUUACAGCUGUGGCAAGAAAUUUGUAGAAAUUGAUCAAGUAAAGUCAUGGACAGACUAUGCUGGAAAUAUUGAUGGAAAAGUAAAGAGGACUGCCAAUCCCUUGUUUGAUGUGGAUGAGGAAUUAAACAUGAAGAUAUCAUUGUGGCGUGGAGACAUUACAACACUGGAAAUAGACGUCAUCUGUAAUGCUGCAAAUACUAGUUUAUUAGGAGGGGGUGGAGUGGAUGGAGUAAUACACAGAUCAGCAGGGAAAAAAUUGCUAGAGGAAUGUACCAAACUGAAUGGCUGCGAGACUGGCAGUGCUAAACUAACAGGAGGUUACAAGUUGCCUGCUAAAUAUAUAUUACACACUGUUGGACCUAUAGGAGAAAAUCCGGAGGCCCUUUCCAGCUGCUACAGGACAUGUCUAGAUCUUGCCAAGAAACACAAGCUGCGCACAAUAGCUUUUCCAUGUAUUUCAACAGGGAUAUAUGGUUAUGAUGUGGAAAAAGCAACUCCAGUGGUCAUGGAAGCUGUAAGGGAUUGGCUUCUUUCAGGAAAUAAUAGCAGAAGUAUUGACAAGAUUAUAUUCUGUGUGUUCCUGAUAAAAGAUGUUGCUGUGUAUGAACACAAUCUCCUGAAGUAUUUUCCAAUAGACAAACCUUCAACAGAAUUGCCAGACAAAAAGAAAUCAAAGACAAAAAAUGAAACAGAUGAACCCAAAGAGCAGAAAGAAUUGCCCGAGAAAAAGAAGCCAAAGACUUCAGAUUCUACAAAAAAUAAUACAGAAGAACCCAAAGAGCAGAAAGAAUUGCCAGAGAAAAAGAAACCAAAGACUUCAGAUUCUACAAAAAAUAAUACAGGAGAACCCAAGGAGCAGAAAGAAUUGCCAGAGAAAAAGAAACCAAAGACUUCAGAUUCUACAACAAGUAACACAAAGGAAGUCAAAGAGCAGAAAGACAACAAAACAGAAAAACAACCUAAAAUACAGCCAGCAGAAUCUAAAUCAGACAUUGAGAAAAAGGAAAAGGAAAGAAAUAAUCCAGAAAGGGACAGUGUUAAAGAAAACAUUCAGGAGAGUCAUCUGUAAAUGCAAUUGAUUCGAAUAUUAUUGUCAGCAUUUUUCUUUAUUUUACAUAUGUCAUUUUCAUUUAUUUAUUUCAUUUGUAAGGAUAAUCAUGUUUAAAACAUGGGUAUGAAGAUUUUUGUCUUGGACUAUUUCCAGCUUUUUUAUAUUAUCAUACCAAGUGCUGUCACAUUUUUUUUUUUUGAUGUUACGUAGUUGUAAAUGUGGGUUAAGGCCGGGUACAAUAACAGUUAUUCCAGUAUAUGGGACAUACUUUUAUCAUUUUCUUGACAAAUUCUCCCUUCAUAAUGAGGUUCCUUGCAGUGAUAUUUGAUGUGGUUACUCUCAUAAAACUUAAUUGCUUCGACAGCCAUUUCAGCACACACAUCCCAGCCUUUUGACAAACAUUAGGGGCAGAUAUUUUAGUUAAAGGUGGUCAAUCACAUUUAAACAACAUUUAAUGACAUUUUUUACUUUUUGUAUAUUCUGGUAGAGAAUUAUUUAAGGAACAAAAAGACCGAUUACAUAGAGUUAGAUUCCUAUUUGAAAUGUUUAUUUUAUUAUUUUUAGCUCACCUGUCACAAAGUGACAAGGUGAGCUUUUGUGAUCGCGCAGUGUCCGUCGUCCGUCGUCCGUCCGUGCGUCCGUGCGUCCGUAAACUUUUUGCUUGUGACCACUCUAGAGGUCACAUUUUUCAUGGGAUCUUUAUGAAAAAUGGUCAGAAUGUUCAUCUUGAUGAUAUCUAGGUCAAGUUCGAAACUGGGUCACGUGCGGUCAAAAACUAGGUCAGUAGGUCUAAAAAUAGAAAAACCUUGUGACCACUCUAUAGGUCACAUUUUUCAUGUGAUCUUCAUGAAAGGUGGUCAGAAUGUUCAUCUUGAUGAUAUCUAGGUCAAGUUCGAAACUGGGUCACGUGCAGUCAAAAACUAGGUCAGUAGGUCUAAAAAUAGAAAAACCUUGUGACCACUCUAGAGGUCACAUUUUUCAUGGGAUCUUAAUGAAAGUUGGUCAGAAUGUUCAUCUUGAUGAUAUCUAGGUCAAGUUCGAAACUGGGUGACGUGCGGUCAAAAACUAGGUCAGUAGGUCUAAAAAUAGAAAAACCUUGUGACCACUCUAGAGGUCACAUUUUUCAUGGGAUCUUCAUGAAAAAUGGUCAGAAUGUUCAUCUUGAUGAUAUCUAGGUCAAGUGCGAAACUGGGUUACGUGCCUUCAAAAACUAGGUCAGUAGGUCUAAAAAUAGAAAAACCUUGUGACCACUCUAGAGGUCACAUUUUUCAUGGGAUCUUCAUGAAAGUUGGUCAGAAUGUUCAUCUUGAUGAUAUCUAGGUCAAGUGCGAAACUGGGUUACGUGCCUUCAAAAACUAGGUCAGUAGGUCUAAAAAUAGAAAAACCUUGUGACCACUCUAGAGGUCACAUUUUUCAUGGGAUCUUCAUGAAAGUUGGUCAAAAACGAUGUCAUACUCAAAACUGGGUCAUGUGGGAAGAGGUGAGCGAUUCAGGACCAUCAUGGUCCUCUUGUUUAUAAAAUUUUAUAAUUACUCCCCUUUUAUAUGAAAGUAUAUAAAAAGCUGGGUAUUUCUUUUUAUUUCGAUACAAUGUAUUACAUUUGCAUCUGAUAGACAUAUCAACUAUUGAACAAUCUUAACCAAAAUGCAAGUUUUAAAGCUGUGUGUAGCUUCUGAAUUCAUUUAUUUCCAAUCUAUCUUGGUUGCGCAACCAAGAUAGGCAAAGGGAGGUAAUAAUAAUUUUUCAAACUUGCGUUUCUAAUGAAUUCCAUCUAAAUACAUAAUUUUUAAUGCAAAUAUUUUACAAUUAUAUUACAAUAUGUCUAAUAUUUAUACAUUUCCUUAGGCAAAGUAUGUUUAUCAAAUUUAUACUUAUGAUAAAAUAACUCUAUCUUGAUUGGGCAACCAGGAUAGGAAAAUGAAAAUUUAAAAAUACCUCCAGUGAAAAUCUAAUUUGUAUUAAGUGUUAAGUGAACAUAAAUGAGUGUAAAUGAUCAGAUGCUAAGGUUUCGAACAAAUCCGUUACAUGGCCAAAAUCUGAUUAUCCACCUUUAAGCUGUUUCUGUCUAUGUUAGUGGAGAGUUCAUUUUUGAAAAUUUUAUGUAUUAUAUGUUUGGGAACGUGAUGAGGAAGUUUUGUAUAAUGGAUAUUUGGACACAAUUUUGAGUAUGUUUUUUUUUCUAGACCAGAUAGGAUGAAAUUAAAGGUCAGGGCUGAGGAAAAAUUUACAAUGCUUAUAGUCAUUUGAAUAGUGGAAAGUGGUCAUAUUGUGGAAUAAAUACAAUUACUUUUACAUAUAGGGCAGUUGUUGAUACCUUUCAACUUUUUUUUUGGUGAAACGUGUUUUGGGACUUCGGUUACAAUUAUUACUUUUCAGAAGCAAGGACUAUUAGGGAUUUUGUGAGCAUAUCAAGUUACAAGAGCAGCACACUAUGUUAAGGAUUAAAGGCUCAUAUAAUGUUUGGGAUUAAAGGAGCAUAUAACAUUUGGGAUUACAGGAGCAUACAAUGUUUAGGGUUACAAGAGCAUACAACUUUUGGGAUUACAGGAGCAUACAAUGUUUAGGGUUACAAGAGCAUACAACUUGUGGGAUUACAGGAGCAUACAAUGUUUAGGGUUACAAGAGCAUACAACUUUUGGGAUUACAGGAGCAUACAAUGUUUAGGGUUACAUGAAUAUACAACUUUUGGGAUUACAUGAACAUACAGUGUUUAGUGUUACAGGAGCAUACAACUUUUGUUUGGGAUUACAGGAGCAUACAAUGUUAAGGAUUACAGAAGCAAACAACUUUUGGGAUUACAGGAGCAUACAAUGUUAGGGAUUAUAGGAACACACAAUGUUUUGGAUUAAAGGAGCAUAUAACAUUUUGGAUGACAGGAGCAUACAGCAUUUAAGUUAACAGGAGCAUACAAUUUUUGGUCUUACAGGAGCAUAGAAAUUUAAGGAUUAUAAGAAUACACAAUGUUUUGGAUUACAGGAACAUACACUGUUCAGGAUUACAGUCUAUAAGCUAAAAAAUGGAAACUAUUUGUCAUACAUGGGUGUUUUUAUUUGUUUAAAACUUAAUGUUCCUUCAGUAUGAUUUGAAUAAGUAAAAUGGUCUAUAUUGUAUUUAGAGAUAACACAUAGCACUACCGCAGAUUUUAAAAUAAUGAUGAAAUUGGGUUGUGUAAUUUUAGUUUGGUAUACAAAGAACUGUUGAUUUAAAAUUAUAUAUGGCUGGUGAAUUUUUAGAUCUCAGAAGUUUAUAAGAAGAUAAUCAAAUGUAGAGAUGGCAGUUAUGCUUUUUAAAAAAAAAUAUUUUAUGAGUUGUUUGUAGUACAGAUUGCUAUGCCAUUGAUAAAAUGUUAUUUUCUUUAAGAUAUUGUCUCUUAAACUUAAGAUCUUUUUGAUGACAUUUAUAAUAUGACAUUACUAGGGUAAUGUUUAAUUUUACUUAAAUAUUCACCCAACUUGAGAAAACAUAGCUAGAAAAAAUGAGUGGCAAAUAAUGUUUUAAAAAAUGCAAAAGAGAAAAUAACAGGCCAGCUAAUUUCAGAUCAUGUUACUAUUUACUUCUGGUUUAUUAAAGGUCAAGGUCACAGUGACCCGAAACAUUUAAAGCAUUUCUGGAUGAUAACUUGGAAAAUGCUUUGGCCUAGGAUCACGAAACUUGCUAGAAGGUUGAUCAUGACCAGCAGAUGACCCCAGUGAAUAUUGAGGUCAGCAGGUCAAGGUCAAAGCAACCCGAAACAGUUAAACAGUUUCUGGAUGAUAACUUGAGAACACUUGGGCCUAGGAUCAAGAAACUAAAUAGGGAGGUUGAUCAUGACCAGCCGAUGACCCCUAUUGAUUUUGUGGUCAAUAGGUCAACAAUUUGCUUUCUAUUACUUUUCACAAGUUUUUUAAAGAAAAAUCUUGAAUCUUGUAAUGUGUACAGAUUUUGUCUAAUAUUUUGUGUUAAUUAUGAUUAUAACUAUGUUUGUAUGUGUGCUAUAUUUAACUUCAGAAAGCAGCUUGAAUUGAUCUUGUAAUUUAAUUUAAUAACCAGGACUGUUAUGUUGUUGUUACAGGUUUUCUCUGUUCAUAGAAUAUUGUUAGGAUAUGCACUAUAGUGCAUAAAUGAUGACAAAAUGAAAUACUAAAAGUGAUAUUUGUGGGAAAUGGAAA